AUGUGUGUCCAUAUGAUCCAAACCUGUCACAAACCCAUUAGAGGACGUUCAUGUACGGACGUUAAUAUGACUCCCAACACUAGAGAGCUCCACACUUGCUUCAUUUUUUCAUACCUUUUCUUUUCAUAUCUAUUCACGUUACAAACUCUUUUACUUUACCACCCCAGAAAUUUUCUUCACAUUAAAAACUCUCUCUCUUAUACAUUGUUAUCUUUAUUUAUCAUUUAUAUCCUAACCUUCUUUCUUUCUUUCUUUCUUUCUUUCUUUCUUUCUUUCUUUCUUUCUUUCUUUUCCUCUUCCUUACUUUCUUUGUACUUCCUUUCAACCAAAAGUCUUUCUUUCUCUCUUUUUUUUCUUCGUUUCUUUUCUGCCAAUUUAUCUUUCUUUCUUUCUUUCUUUCUUUCUUUCUUUCUUUCUUUCUUUCUUUCUUUUCUGCCAAUCUUUGUUUGUUUGUUUGUUUGUUUGUUUCUUUCUUUCUUUUCCGCCAAUCUUUGUUUGUUUGUUUCUUUAUUUGCUUUUUUCUUUCUUUUCCGCCAAUCUUUCUUUCUUUCUUUCUUUCUUUCUUUCUUUCUUUCUUUCUUUCUUUCUUUCUUUCUUUUAUUUCCCAACGCAAACAUUAUUUACUAUGCCAAUAUUUUUCAAAAUUUUUCUUCUUUUUACUCUUUCGAUCACCAUCAGCCUUUCCAGAUAUCAACCUUAAAAUGA